UAAGCGUGUGUCAGGAUUGCCCUGUGCAUCGUGCAUUGAUUCUUGGGAUCCCACCCAACGCGCUUGUGGUUACGGAGUGUAAAAAAAUAAAAUAAUUAAAAUACUUUGAAAAAUAUUUAGUUUCGGGCACUUUUUUGACAGAGCCAUGGCGACCACGGUGGCAGACAUCCACACCAACGAUCACAUGAUGACCAGGCUCCUCUUUUACCCCCUGGUCCUAUUGGCUUCGGGCCUCUGGUUGCUGUACCGAUGGCAGCAGAAGUCCAGGCUGUAUAAACUAGGGAAUAAGAUACCAGGACCCAUGGCGUUACCCAUAUUCGGCAACGCUCUGCUCGCUAUUGGGAAAAAGCCUGAUCAACUAGUGGACAUCGGCCUGGAGUACGCGGAGAAGUAUGGCAACGUCAUCAGAGGUUGGCUCGGGUCGAAGCUGGUCAUCUUCCUGACGGACGCUGACGAUGUCGAGGUUAUCCUCAGCAGUCACGUCCAUAUCGAUAAGUCAUCGGAGUACCGGUUCUUUAAGCCCUGGCUGGGUGAAGGAUUGCUUAUCAGCUCAGGUGAAAAAUGGAGAUCCCAUCGAAAAAUGAUUGCUCCUACGUUCCACAUCAAUAUAUUGAAGUCGUUCAUCGGUGUGUUCAACCAGAACAGCAAGAAUGUGGUCGAGAAGAUGCGAUCAGAGUUGGGGAAGACCUUUGACGUCCACGACUACAUGAGUGGUGUCACUGUCGAUAUUCUUUUAGAGACCGCAAUGGGAAUAACGAGACAAACUCAAGACGACUCUGGGUUUGACUAUGCUAUGGCUGUUAUGAAAAUGUGUGAUAUUAUUCACCAAAGACAUUACAAGAUAUGGAUGCGUUUUGACUCCAUUUUCAAAUUCACUGCUUUCUUCAAGAAGCAGAUUAAACUUUUGGGUAUUAUUCACGGAUUGACCAAUAAGGUAAUAAAGAACAAGAAGGAGACAUACCUACGGAACAAAGCUAAAGGCAUCAUUCCACCGACUAUCGAUGAGCUUACUCGUACCCCAGAGGAGUCAGAUAGUGGACUGGCAAAUGAUACCUCCACACUAGCAGACACGGUCUUCAAAGGUUACAGGGACGAUCUAGAUUUCAAUGAUGAAAAUGACGUUGGUGAGAAGAAACGACUUGCGUUCUUAGACUUAAUGAUAGAAUCAGCUCAGAAUGGAACAAACAAAAUCAGUGACCACGAAAUAAAGGAAGAAGUUGACACUAUUAUGUUUGAGGGUCACGACACUACAGCGGCUGGGUCCAGCUUCGUCUUAUGCCUUCUGGGCGUCCACCAGGACAUCCAAGCCAAGGUAUACGAUGAGCUGUACGAGAUCUUCGGCGAUUCUGAUCGACCAGCCACCUUUGCUGAUACUCUGCAAAUGAAGUACCUUGAGAGAGUCAUAUUUGAGUCUCUAAGAAUGUUUCCACCAGUACCCGUUAUUGCCAGAAAACUGAAACGCGAUGUCAAAAUAGCUACCAAAGGCUACGUUCUACCAGCCGGUUCGACAGUCGUGAUCGGCACAUUCAAGAUCCACCGCAACCCGAAGUACUACAAAAACCCCGAUGUCUUCGACCCGGACAACUUCUUACCUGAGAACACGCAGAACCGACACUACUACAGCUUUAUCCCCUUCAGUGCUGGGCCCAGAAGCUGUGUUGGCCGCAAAUACGCCUUACUGAAGUUAAAGGUGCUCCUGUCGACAAUCCUGCGCAACUACAAGAGCGUGUCAGAUAUUCCUCAAGAACAAUUCAAGUUACAAGCAGACAUCAUCCUGAAACGAUCUGAUGGCUUCCAAGUCCGAUUUGAACCAAGAAAAAGAGUCCCAUCCUCAACUUUAUAAAUUCAUUUCUUAUUCUUAAACAGGGUCCACGUCCCAAACAACCUUAAAGACUGCUAGAGUUGCCACCAAUAAUAAGAGAAUAAUAUUUUCUUUUUUUAAGAAAAGGCUAAAAAGUCUUUUCGGUCAAAAUGCAGAAAAUAACAAGGUCCUAUAAAAACGGGUUUGCAUGCGGUCAAUUUUAGUAUUUUUGUUUGUGUACUAUUAAGUAACUAGUGGCACAUCAUCACUAAUUUAAGAGCCACGUACUUGUCGGUGUAGCAUUCUCCAUGCUACUUUUCUAGGGAAAAAUAGAGCAGUGGUUUCCCCUCUUGCCUUCCGUCCCGCAGUACUCUGUCCGACGUGAGUGGGAUGGCGCCCAAAAUAGUUUGUUUGGAAAAAUAGCGAGGCAUGUGCCCCGCACGCCGUAUUCCGCACGCAUUUUGUAAGUAAGUACUUACUAUGUAAGUAGGUAUUUUGUACGUGCGUAGCACAUGCGUCCCUCGUGAAGGUAUACACAUUGCGAGUCAUGCAUGCGUGUGGGGCACAUACCUUCCUAUGUCUAUCUCCUCCCUUAAUAAAAGGCACAUUAUUGAUCCUUAAAACUAAAUUGUUUUUUAUAAGCUCAGGUGAUACCGUUUUACCACUAAUAGGAAGCUUUACAUAUUUACUGUGCUAUAGGCAUUGACAAAGACACCCUAGCCCUAAUUUCAUUUCAAAGUUCUAAGUCGAUUUUAUUCCAAGAUUUUUUGUUUAAUGUGAAUCUUUGUUUGGCCUAAUUAAUUAGGUGGUUGUAUGUUUCUGCAUUUUAUGGUCGAAUUGUUAGAAUAAGUAUAAAUGUUAAGCUUAAUUUUAAUUAAAAGGAGGACGGGCGCGCCUUUCUCUUAAAACUUCUUAAAAUGUUUUGUGAUAAGAACAUUUAAAUAAAGAUUUUUUUAUGAAUAAA